AUGAAUAUUAGGCGAUUUCGUUGCGCUUUGUACCAUACUUUUUCUUGAAAAUAUAUAAAACCUUUGCUUCAUAAGAAAAAGAAAUGAAAUUCUUAUUUUAAUGAUAUCAGAGUGUCUUAUUUGCUGACAUGACGGUAUCAUAUUGUAUUGAAAGAACGAUUCAUUCUAUUUUUCAUACUGAGAACCGGAGUUUUAAUUUCAUUGAAAUCCCAACUUUGCUUUAUGUAA